AUUUAGUAUAUUUAUAGCUUCAUCAGGGGUUUAGGGAUGCUCGAUUUCAUUCUUGAUGUUUUCUUUGAAGUCCAACCCUUAGUAUUUGGCAUCCAUUAGCAAGCCUUACAUUUUCCGUUUUUAUUUCACACAAAACUAACCAAAACGGUAAGGCAGUUAACUAAAUUACAGCAAAAUGCCGUAUCUCUAUGGCAUAGCGGACACCAAGUUCCUGGUCAAGAAGGUCAAGAAAAAGGCAAUGAAGUCCGAUCGCACGGUUAUGCCGCCCUUUAAGUUCCGACGCAAUGAUUACCUUCAGGCAUGUCCCAAAUACAAUAAGGACGAUGUGCCUAUCCAGUUUAGAGCUGCGCCUGCUACGCUUGUGGAACUGUGCGUCAAUGUGGUGGACAAGCUGCCAUUGCCACCGAUCUACGAAUGGGAUGACAUGGACAUAAGGCGCUGGAUCCAUGGCUACGGUUAUCCUCAGUACAUGAACACCUUUCGUGUCAACAUGAUCACGGGCCGGAAGCUGCUCCUGCUGGAUGCCGCCGCCCUGAGUGCCAUGAACAUCAAGGAUUUCGAUCACAUCCGUCACAUAGCCUAUGGCAUCCGGAUGCUGUUCCACUUUGAGCUGACCAAGUUCUCGUCCAGCAUCUCGCUGCCAGAUGAGAAUCCCAACGAGCUGUACCUACUGUUCCACACCCAGACUGGCGUUAACUAUGACGAAGUGCGUCGUAGUGAUCUGUACCGCAGGAUGCAGUUGAUCCGUGAGCGAUCUCGCAAUCUGGAUCACUGGGAUCUGCUGUACCUGUGGCUGCGACGUGAGCGGGAGCACAAAUACCACGAGAUCAUCGGUAUGGCGCGGCGCAGCAAUAUGUUCAAGUGCAAGGAAGCUGUGGUGGAACACCAUCUUCCGGAGUCCUUGGAGCCGGAGGAUCUCAUGUGCCAGACAUGCGUACCGCCGUGCGAUUGCGACUGGACGGAGCGGGAUCUGCGGCUGCCAUGGCGCUUUAGCUGCCUCGCCCCGGUGCUGGCCACGACCAUGAGCAAGUGGAAGGCCCAUCAGACGCAGUGCACCAGCUGCAUACCGCCCUGCGAAUGCAACUGGCCGCCGCGGUACUAUCUCACCGGGACGGUCAUCGUCUGUCUGCAGCACAAGUUCCCGGAGAAGUUCUGUCCCAUUUUCGACGAGCGUUACAAGGCCUCGGCGCGGCCCAGUCUUGUGGAGCGUUGGACGCGGUUCUCCAUCUGAUCCAGUCUGGUGUCUUAUCUAUUAUUAUCUUUUAUGGAGUUGUAAUUAUAAUUGACUUCCCUGGGGUUUUCUUUUGAUCCCAAAAUAUAUUAAUUAGUAAUAUAUAUUCAA